AUGGCUGCGAAUAUGUACAGAGUCGGCGACUGCGUCUAUUUCGAGACGUCGUCGACGUCUCCGUACCAAAUCCGGCGGAUAGAAGAACUAAAUAAAACAGCCUCCGGCAACGUGGAGGCGAAGGUCAUGUGCUUCUACAGGCGGCGGGACCUGCCCAACCCCCUUAUACAGUUAGCUGAUAAGCAUCAAAUGGCCCAGUCAGAAGACUCACCGGUCGCGAUGAAACUCAAGAAAAUAUGCCUUAAAACGCCUAUAGGCGAAGAACAGGCGGCACAAGCUGUAUUAGAUCCUGCGAUAGUAGCAAUGGAGGAGGAAUCUAGCGAGUUACCGGGCACAGAUGGCCUGGCGCCGAAGCAGCGGCACCAGGCGAAGCACCGCGAGCUGUUCCUCUCGCGGCACGUCGAGACGUUGCCCGCGACGCACAUACGCGGCAAAUGCAGCGUGACGCUCCUCAACGAGACAGAGUCGCUGCUCAGCUAUCUCAAUAAGGAUGACGCAUUUUUUUAUUGUUUAGUAUUCGAUCCUUCACAAAAGACUUUAUUAGCAGAUAAGGGUGAAAUCAGAGUGGGAAGUAGAUAUCAGACUGAAGUAACUAAUUUAUUAAAAGAAGGUGAGGAGGACGCAAGAAACAGUGAAGAAUUAGAAACGCUAGUAUGGACGCCGGAGCACGGUCUAACGGACCGGCAGAUAGACCAAUUCCUGGUAGUAUCGCGCUCCGUUGGCACCUUCGCGCGAGCGCUCGACUGCUCCUCCAGCGUAAAGCAACCCUCACUACACAUGUCUGCCGCUGCCGCCAGCAGGGACAUUACACUUUUCCACGCAAUGGAUACGCUACACAAAAGCGGAUACAGCAUAGAGACCGCUCUGUCCUCCCUAGUGCCUGCUUCUGGGCCUGUUCUCUGUCGCGACGAGAUGGAGGAAUGGUCCGCCUCAGAGGCCAAUCUCUUUGAGGAAGCCCUCGACAAGUAUGGCAAGGACUUUGUUGACAUACGACAGGAUUUUCUGCCAUGGAAGACGCUAAAGAACCUAGUAGAAUACUACUACAUGUGGAAAACGACGGAUCGCUAUGUACAACAGAAACGCGUGAAAGCGGUGGAGGCAGAGUCCAAGCUGAAGCAGGUCUACAUUCCCAAUUACAACAAACCAAAUCCCGCUCUGAUAACGAACAACAAUGCUGGUACUAAUGGCAAAGGGACAGUGCUCAACGGUGGUACAAAUGGUACAGCUGCUAUAGCACCAACAGUGUGCGCUUCAUGUCAAGUUACAAAUUCAAGCCAGUGGUACACCUGGGGACCGCAGCAUUUACAAUACAGAUUGUGCGGCACCUGCUGGCAGUAUUGGAAAAAGUACGGUGGACUUAAGACGGCGGGAGUGUUUGGCGAGAGUGAAGGCGAAGCGUGUCGCGGCGCACGCACCGGUGAAGAGGGCGCCCUCUCUGCAUCUCACCGUCCCCACCGCUGCACUGUGCUUAACUGCGCAAAGGAGUUCAAAUUACGCGCACACCUCGCGCGUCAUGUGGCGACCGCGCACGGCGGAUGCGAAGGCGCGCGGCCCGUGAUGAAGACGCGCGCCGCCUUCUUCCUCCGCGCGUCGCCCUUCACAAGGCUCGCGCGGCGCUUGGUGCGCGCGCUGCGCCGUCCGAGGCACCACGCACGCUCACCUUUCUCGCCCAUCAACCUUCACCAAGUCAAACACGAGUUUACAGUGGCGAUGGCGGGCGUGGGUGGCGCGGACAUGCGAGCGAUGGGCGCCGUGGCGGGUCUGGCCCCCGGUAGCGGGAAAGUACGGGUGCGCGGCGCGGUGGGCGCCGUUGCGGUCCGAUUGGCGACAGCGCACGGCUCUGCAGCCCCUCGUGCGCAAGAAUGGUUGCUGCUGACUCCCAAGGAUAGAAUGCCGGUGCCCGAACACGUCGCCUUCCCCAAACCACCUAAGGCGCCUGACGGCAGCCUAAUGUACGAGCGUGUACUGUCUCGAGCUGAGAUAGAGGCGCGCCGAGGUGAGACGCCGACGCUCGCGCCGGUGACGCAGGCGCUCAAAAGACGCGCAUACGAUGACAUCAACGGACUUGACAGAGGUGUUAGCAGCGCGUCAGCAGCCCCCCCUCCAGCCAAGCGGCCCAACAAACACCCAGCGCCCAUGCAGCGGCCAUCUCGCGAGCAAUACGCCGCUAUGUGUGCCCGCGCACAGGCGACGGGUCAGCCGCUGCCGGCGCACGUUUUUGCCCAUGUGAACGGCAAGCCUACAAGCUUAUCGGGUCGCGGUGGGCGACGUCACGUAAUCUCGUGGAUGGACGCUCCAGACGACCUUUAUUACAGAGCCACUGAAACAGCCAAGGCCGCGCGGAGAGCGUUGAGUUGCGGCGAGCUGAGACGGGGCGCACGCGCACCUUGGCGAGCGAUGCGCCCACCGGCGGGCCCGCCUGUUCUGCCCGCCCUCAAAGGCACAGGCAACGCGGGGGCAAACACAGGCACGGGUAGUGCGCCGCUACAACUGGUCAUCCUCGACUGA